GCUCACUUUCGUCCGUCUACUUUUGUGCGGCCGCUGACUACUCACUUACACCGCGGUGCAUAGAUUUCACUAGCCCUUCUAAUCCCUUUGGAAAGAAGUCUGCAGAUGAAUGGCAUGAAGUUGUUGUUGUUUUCUCUUCUAUUUUUGGGAUACCUUCAUAUGGCAUCAUCGUCAAAAGGAGGCCCACCUAAACUCUCUCACCAGAAGAGAGGUUUUAUAAUAUUGGGAACCGAACCUCCGAGUAUCCAUCCAUUUCCCAUCACAUUUCCCGUCAGAGUACCCACGAAUUAGCUUGGAAUACACGUUGGCACCGCUUGCCAUCAAUCUUGUCUUGCUUAUAGUUUUACGUUCACUGAAGUAAACUAUAACUUUGAUGCCACAAUCAUAUCACAAUCAUAAUAAAUUCAAAAAUUGUAUGCAGAGUGCAAAAAAAGUAC